ACUACAUUCACCACUACAACAUCCACCACCUACCAUCACUCAUACCUCCAGCUAUAUCAGGAAAUGGAAUGCAGAACGACACGACGGCAAGAAUGUGUGGUUGGCGUCAACGAUGAGCAACAAUAAAGAAUCAAUCUCCUGCAUUUCUCCCUUCCCUCCUUCCACCUACCACGCCGUCUUUGUUCCUCGGUACUCACACUCGCACUCACAUCACUACCAUCCUCGAACCUCACGCCCCCCCCCCGACUUGGAGGGAAGCGAAACUACCACAGUAAAAGAUUGCAGAGUCAGUGUUGCAAAUCACACGCGCAGAAUACGCUAUCGGAUCCUGUUCGCCGUCUAAUCUUGCUCCUGCUUCUGCUUGAAAAGCCGCCAGCGAUCGCCUUUCUGUCCGUCUCUACGUCCACGAGUUAUCCGCAUAACCCUUUCAGUAUUCGUGGCAUGUCUGCUGGUACGAUUUGUCCAAUUAUAAUAUGAGUCCCUCAGCGUUAGGGCCAUCCCCAUACACAAGAGCGGUUCCUGUCAACGGACCGGGGCCAGUCAGCAAUGAAAACGAGAGCAAGCACUUGGGGACCGACGGGUUCAAGAGAGGGAACCGAGUGUUUCCUCAUUUUGAUGACUUGGUCAAUGUCGUACCUGGUGUAGACAUCAAUUCCCCCCUACGAACGAUCCUACAAUCAGGCGAGGAUUCUGCGAAGCAGGCUGAUACUAGCUUGGAUUUCUGGCGGCCAGAAGUUGCGCUUAAGGAACACAUCAAGGCGUCCAUUAUCGCUCUUGACAUUGUUCCCCGCCACAAAGACUAUCCUCAGCUGCAAGCUGACCGCGGCCCUUUGCACCGAAUGUACACUGGCUUGGUAAAGCGAAUUCAGGUUCAGUCGCCCAAAUUAGAAGCAGUAAAGAGCGUUAUCAAGGAAAAUAACGCCGCCAGUGGCGUCAAGCCUGCGCUGAGUAUCAACCAACAGGGAAAUGGCAAUACAGCAAAUACCAAUGGAACGCCCAAUGGCCAUACCCGAACUCAGUCCGAAGCAUUGCCACGGAAAAGCGGAAUCUCAGGCGGGCGGAAGAUUGAACUUGAUGCCAUGGGCGAUGGAAUUGCACCUCGAAAAAAGCCACCUGUGAUCCAGCCAAAGCCUCAAAUGCUCCAUGGAAAACCUUUGGCCCAAAACGGGAGCUCAGAUUUACAGACCCGUUUUGCACGCUUACGCUCACCUGAAUCAAAGCCCCCGUUGCAAGACCCAAGGAUACGCACCCAGCCUAUAGUCGUACCUCAGACUGCUUACAGUUCCGAUGAGAUGCCACCCGUUCCAAAAUCUCACUCUCAUCAAGACAAGAUCACGCUGGACGUAAAAAUGGCGGACCUUCCUCGGCCACCUGAUGCAAUUUAUAGCCCAGCUCGCGGUUCUGAUAAUGCGGCGACGGUAAACUUGCUUUCCAGUAUUCCUAGAAGCUCGUCCUAUAUAGGCCUUGGCAGAAAAGACGCGGCUCCACCCAUUUCCAAUGUCGGCCCUACACCUCCUGUGGUCGAAGCAAGUCGUGACUAUUUUGUGCUUGCGCAUUCCGUCAAUACCCAUGGAGCGGUCACGGCAAAGAAAGGUGUAUCGAUCCCAGACUCCACCUAUAUCAGUGCAGAGGACCUCUACAAAUAUCAGAGUAUGAGCUCCCAGACUGUACGGAUUCUUUUGGUGGACCUGAGGAGUCGUGGUUCUUUUGAUGCUGGUCACAUUAGGUCACAAUCUAUCAUUUGUAUCGAGCCAGUUUCUUUGCACUUGAGCAUGUCAGGUGAUGAGCUGGCAGAGCGUAUGAUAGUAGGUCCAGACGCUGAGCGGUCACUUUUUCUGCACCGAGAAGACUUUGACCUGGUUGUGUUCUAUGACCAGUCUUCAACAACAAUCUCUCCGUUUGGUAACUCUGGAGACGAUACCAAGGAUGCGGUGCAUAUAUUUUCCAAGGCCGUUUGGGAUUUUGCGUACGAAAAGCGUCUCAAACGCCGCCCCAUGCUCCUAGUAGGGGGCUUAGACGCGUGGGUCGAUUAUAUGGGUGAGAAUGCGUUGAUGGUUACCGCUCUCUCAAAUUCACGAACAACGACCUCAGCUCAGGAGAUAAUGACUAGAUCUCUAAAUCGGGUCGAUGCAAUUCGUGGAAGAGAUACAGCUGUGCGCCGCAAAGUUGAGUUACGUCGCUUGACCAAAGACGAAGUAUCCAAAUGGGAUGAGACCAUCAAGGUGGAUUCUGUAAUUGGGAGACCGAUCGAAGCAGAUCCAGCUGCACCUGACGAGCAAUUCUAUGUGAGAACAACUGAUGACUUUCUCCGGCGAUUUCCCGACAUAUCAAAAUUACAAGAGUCCAUGUCCUCAACUUCUAUCGCCUCAUCGCCGCAGCCGUUGCCAUUAUACGAAGAUGAGUUGAUGAGUACUGUUCCACCUCCCACUCGACCUCCUCCGGCUUUGCCAAGGCAAAGAUCCAGUGGAAUCACGGAACGAGGUCCAUCUACUAUAUACGCAGCCGCUCACGCGGUCAAUUUAAGCAACCAGGGAAUCACCAACAAUCUUGUAACUCCCGGUCUUACGGGGUUGAGCAACCCUGGAAUUCUCUGCUACAUGAAUAGCUCCAUCCAAUUUAUCAGUAGCUUACAUCCGCUUCGAGACUAUCUACUAGGGUUCAAGUAUCCCACCAACGACCAACCCAUCGCGAUGGAUGGUGAACGAAAGCCAUUAUUGAUGCUGAGGACUCUCGCAAAUGUUUUUAAGGCCUUAUGGAGCGGUCAAUACCAUUGGAUAACCCCCAAAACCUUUGCGGUAAGUCUCCUGCUUAUUGCGUCAGACACAACCACUAAUAGUUUCAGUCGUAUGUCAAUGCUGUUCAUUUAGGGAUGGUUGCUGAUCACGAUGAAAGAUUGAAUGCAUAUGGAGGUUCAUACAGACAGCAUGAUGCAUCAGAAUUUCUACACUUUGUGAUGGAUAUACUGUCAAGAGAGAUGAACGAAUCAAUGAUUCCCGUCCAGAACGUCUCCGAUGCAGAAAAGGACAGGCAAGAUCUCGGCCCACCCGGUCUCGCGGCUGAGAAAGGGUGGAUGAAACACCAAGCCGAGAAUAAAUCAAUCCUGUUCAGCCAGUUGAUGGGACAAGAGACUACAGAGUUCAAAUGCGAGAAUUGUAAUUACACAAGUCGAUCACAUAAUAUGAUCUCUGAAAUUCAAGCCAGAUUAGGAGAAAAUACCCGCUCGGGCAUGGUCUACCAGCUGGAAAAUCUUCUGGACGUGGCUUACGGCCCACUCGCCACUACGGACGCAGACGGCGCCUCCUGUCCUAAAUGCGGCGCCACAAAGGGAUUAACGCACACACUGUACUUGAGCGCCCUACCACCCAUAGUUGUCGUUCAGAUUAACAGAGUCAGGUUAAAUGGCAGAAAAUGGACUAACCGGAUUCAGUUUCCAGAGGAAGAUCUUGACCUCGGAAGGUAUUUUAUUCCCAUGGAUGGUAUGACUGAGGGCUUCCCCGAACAAACUGCUCCUUUCAAAUACAGAGCCAUUGCCGCUGUUGUUCAUGUUGGCUCCACUGCUGAUCGUGGGCAUUUCUAUACCGUUGCUAGGCAUAUGGAUAAAGGGCUUGGCUGGCAUGAAUUCAACGACACCAGAGUAAUUUCUUGUGCAUUUCCCAGGACGCAGCAGGAUCAGGCUUAUCUUAUUGCGUAUGAGAGGCAGCCAAAUCGGUAGGGAAGAGCCUAGUUUUCUUCUUCUCUUUUCUGGCCUUUAUUUACUGGGUGGUUUGAUGGAGAAAAGCAUGAGUUCUUCUCAAGCUUACUUUAUUCUUAUACCUACGGAAGUAGUGGAGAGCCUGCAUAUUCUCUUUUUGUCUUUGGAGAGGGCAGGGUGGUGGAAAUGAUGUUUUGGGAGAAGGGAAGGCAUAGGACCGCUUGUGUCAUUUUGUUUCUGGAAAAUCUUUACGAUAUCGAUGGGUUGGUUAUAGCCAUAUCGACCUUUGCAAAUCUUUCGGGGUGUGAAUUCUUUGCAUUGGGGGGGAGGAGGCCCUGGAAUGGUUAGGAGCGGGCAGAUUAAUCUGUGGACUUUGGCGGGGCAAACGGCUGCUCCUUUUUUAUGCUAUUCUAAUAGAGGAUCUCGUAGAGUGCAUAACGAGGCAGUAGAAUAAUUCGAAAAUUUCUGAAAAUGCAGUUGUAAGCUAGCUGCUCGUAUAUGCUCGUGGUUUACUCUUCUUUGAGG